AUGAACCCAGGUUUCUACACGGCAGAUAUGCGUCUCGACAAUCUCUUCGCCAUCUCCCUUCUGACGUCUGCCACGGCGGCAGUCACAUUGCCCAGGCGCGAUGCGACCUUCGAGUCCAGCACCCCGGUGACCAAAGAAAUCACCCUCCCAGACGGCCGCACCCGAACUGCCACGUUCUUCGCCGAAUUUACGCCAGAAAACAGUGCUGACGCUCCGGCUCCGAUUUCUCUGCAUCCCAGUGCGAAGCGUGGCUGGACGCCCAGUUCCCCCUUCUACGAUCUAUGUGGUGGCAGCACGUUCACCAACAACUGGAACUCCAACGCCCCCCUAGUGGAUGAUUGCCAGUUCUUGCAGCAGUACUUCUCGAGCACUGGCGGCUAUUUUCGCGUCGAGAAUUCCGACCUCGAUGUCAACGGUCUCUCGUGGUCGCGCUUGGUCUCCAUCAACACUUGCGGCUUUUCGGUGCGGGCAAACCCACGCCCAGCGACGGCAGGCUACGUCGGCAACACCGACGUCUCCGACCUGGUUCGAGAUUCCAUUUCAGGUUUCUCUCAGAACAGCCAAGUCUCAGUGGGUGGGAACACGGGAUGUCAGGAUGCUGAUGGCGGCCAGUGGCAUCCGGACUGGCUCAUUCAACGGUUCACUUAG